UCUCUCUCUCUAGCUUCACCUCUCUUUUCUGCUUUGGAACUCUCUCUCUCUCUCUCUCUACAGACAUUGGAGCUUCUCUGUGCUUAGCUAGAUCUUCGAGCGCGUUUUAUGGAUCUGCAAUCCGACCUACCCGCAUUGCUGUCUUCGACUUCUCAUUCUCUCUCCUAGGGUUUGUUUCAGCCGCAUGCCUCUCCGUUCCAGCUCCAGUAGCCAUGCAAUCCCUCUCGCCGAGCUCGAAACUCGAUGGAGAGGCUAGCCACCGGCGACUGCUUGAGCAGAAACCUAGAAAUCUUUCCUCUGUCGAGCUCGAGCUCCGUGCUGAUAUCUGAAAAUGGUUUGUGUGAAUUUGGCCUUCGCGAGAGAAAAUGCGAACUCUGAUUCCACUUCUUCUCCUUCUUCUUUCUCAACUGCUACUUCUGCUUCUUCCUUGCUCAGGGAAUUCCUUAUUGCACAUAUACUUGUCUCCUUCUCAACUGCCAAACCAUCUCUUUUACAUGAGAGAAUUCUCGGUGGAACAUGCAAGGUCGAUCAUGAUGAGUUUAUCUUUUGGGUCAUCAAAGUUCUCUAAGACAGAGGUGCUUAAUCCCGCAUUGGCACCUUCUAAUGCUCCUGCACCUUCUCCAAUUUAUCAAGGUCCUACCAGUUCUGUCUCCCCAAGGCAUGGUCAUCAUCAACAUCGACGGCAUGCGAGACCCAGAGCCAUUGCUCCAGCACCAUCAAAAGACCAAGCAGGCUGUGAUCAAAUUUGUAUGGAGCCACUUACUGCUACACCCUUUGGAUCACCUUGUGGUUGCGUUUUUCCAAUGAAAGUCAGACUUUUACUGGAUGUUGCUCCAUUUGCUGUUUUUCCAGUAAUGAGUGAGCUCGAGAGUGAGCUUGCUGCAGGCACAUACUUGGAGCAAAGUCAAGUGAAAAUAAUGGGCGCUAGUGCUGAUACACAAAAUCAAGGAAGAACGAUGGUGGACAUUAACUUAGUCCCACUUGGAGAGAAGUUUGAUAAUACCACUGCAAUUCUAAUAUAUCAGCGAUUUCAGCAUAAUAAAGUGCCUUUAAACGAGACUAUAUUUGGUAGUUAUGAAGUUAUAUACAUUAGUUAUCCAGGGAUUCCUUCUUCGCCCCCAUAUGGAAAUUUUGCUGAUAGUGGUCCAACUGCUAGUGCUGGAAAUCUCCCCAUUACUGCAAACUUCAGGAACAAGAACCAGAGAAUGAAUGUUAGAACAAUUGUCAUUAUUGCUUUGUCUGCAUUUGUACUCGUAUUGGUUUUAGUUGGAGCAAUCUCUAUCUUUAUAAAAUGGAGGAAAGUUGGAAAACCUUCAAGUGCCGUUGGACCUGCGUUUACAUCAUCGAUUCAUAAAAGAUCUGGUAUAGGAUCAAUCUUAUCAAGUAGUAUAGCAAGCUCUAUUUCUGUGUCCUUGAUUUCAACCAUGGCGCCCAGCAUCCUCUCUGUUAAAACCUUUUCACUUUCUGAGCUUGAGAAAGCAACAGAUAAGUUUAGUUCGAAAAGAAUUUUGGGUGAAGGAGGAUUUGGACGUGUUUACCGAGGAAUUAUGGAUGAUGGAAUUGAAGCUGCUGUUAAGUUGCUUACAAGGGAUAAUCAGAAUGGAGACCGUGAAUUUAUUGCAGAAGUUGAGAUGCUAAGCCGAUUGCAUCACCGUAAUCUUGUGAAACUUAUUGGAAUAUGCAUUGAAGGACGCAGACGUUGCUUGGUCUACGAACUUGUUCCCAAUGGCAGUGUUGAGUCCCACUUACAUGGUGUUGAUAGAGUAAAGGGACCUCUUGACUGGGAUGCACGGAUGAAGAUUGCCCUUGGUGCAGCAAGAGGAUUAGCUUAUCUUCAUGAAGACUCAAAUCCUCGAGUCAUCCACCGAGAUUUCAAGGCCAGUAAUGUUUUGUUGGAAGAUGAUUUCACCCCCAAGGUUUCUGAUUUUGGAUUGGCAAGAGAAGCAACUGAGGGAAGUCAGCAUAUUUCUACACGUGUUAUGGGAACUUUUGGGUACGUUGCACCAGAAUAUGCAAUGACAGGGCACCUACUUGUCAAGAGUGAUGUUUAUAGUUACGGAGUCGUGCUGUUGGAACUUCUCUCUGGUCGAAAACCUGUUGACAUGUCCCAACCUCAGGGACAGGAGAAUUUAGUAACUUGGGCCCGGCCUCUACUGACCAACAGGGAAGGUUUAGAACAGUUGGUCGAUCCUGCUUUGGCUGGAAUCUGCGACUUCGACAACAUGGCUAAAGUGGCAGCCAUUGCUUCUAUGUGUGUACACCCUGAGGUGACUCAUAGGCCAUUCAUGGGUGAAGUUGUGCAGGCUCUGAAGCUGAUAUACAAUGAUACAGACGAGACUUGUGGAGAUUGUUGCAGUCAAAGAGAGUCUUCUGCUCCAGACUCCGACUUCAAAGGCGAUCUUGCAGUCUCAGAUAGUAGCUGGUGGAAUGCUGGAGGGAUCAGCCCUCGAUUAACUUAUGGCCAGGCCUCUUCCUUCAUUACGAUGGAGUACAGUUCUGGGCAGCUUGAAGAGAUGGAUAACAGACCGUUUUCAACUUCAAGUUUGAUCGGGGACGAGAUAUCUCUGCCAAUUAGACACGGGAACAGGUCCGGGCCCCUGAGAACUAUUCGGAGCAAGCCAGCAUUUUAUAGACUAACAGGCAGUAGGAGUGAACACGGGGGCCUUCUUCCCAAACGUGCUUGGAAUGAUGGGGAUUUCGUAUGAGGUUUCUUUGUUUUAUUUUUGAAAUGUACAGUUCCAGAAGGACCCUGGCUUUUCAGUUAGCCAUGGGAGUGUAGUUUUAGGAGUUUGCUAUUCCUGCGGUUCCCAAUGUUUGGAGAAAAAUGUGAGAAAAAGGAGAGAACCCUGGCUUCUAAUUUUGGAAUUCUUGAUUCAUUACCAUACGAGUUGGAGAUGUAAGUGAAAUACUCCCUGUAUUGUAUAUCACUAAAUUUUAUAUUCUUGCGCUUCAACGCUUCA